AUGGAGCCCUUCCUGGUCCGGAGGCUGUCAUGUCGCACUGUCCAGCUGCCUCCUCUGGCCUUCAGGCAGGCUGAGCAGUACUACUACAACCACAAACCUGAACCAGACACUGUCACAGUCCCACUGCGACCGACCACACUGCCCCUACGCACCCCUCCACUUAUCGCCAUCACCUCAGCCGACACCAGCAGUUUCGAUGUGGACAACGGCACAUCGUCAGGGCGCAGCCCACUGGACCCCAUGGCCAGCCCGGGGUCUGGGCUCAUACUGCAGGGCAACUUUGUCCACAGUCAGCGGAGAGAGUCCUUCCUCUACCGCUCCGACUCGGACUAUGACCUGUCACCGAAGUCCAUGUCCAGAAACUCCUCCAUCGCCAGUGACAUUCAUGGCGACGAUAUGAUUGUAACACCAUUUGCACAGGUUCUGGCCAGUCUAAGAACUGUACGGAAUCAUUUUGCUGCAUUAAGCAAUUGUUCACAAGACAGAGCGUCCAACAAGAGAUCACCCAUGUGUAAUCCACCACCCAUCACCAAGACCACCUUCACAGAGGAGGCCUACCAGAAACUGGCCACCGAGACGUUGGAGGAGCUGGACUGGUGCCUGGACCAGCUGGAGACCCUGCAGACCAGACACUCAGUUGGCGAGAUGGCCUCCAACAAGUUCAAGAGAAUGUUGAACAGGGAGCUCAGCCACCUGUCUGAGAUGAGUCGCUCAGGGAACCAGGUGUCAGAGUUCAUCUCCAGCACCUUCCUGGACAAGCAGCACGAGGUGGAGAUGCCGACUCCCCAGACGCAGAAGGAGAAGGAAGACAAGAAGAAUAGGCCCAUGUCUGAGAUCAGUGGGGUGAAGAAACUGCAGCACAGCUCCAGCCUCACCAACUCUAACAUACCCCGCUUCGGAGUCAAGAGCGAGACUGAGGACGAACUGGCUAAGGAGCUGGAGGAUGUAAAUAAAUGGGGCCUUAACGUUUUCAAAGUCACUCAGUUCUCUGGGAACAGGCCCCUGACCGUCAUGAUGCACACUAUAUUCCAGGAGAGAGACUUGUUAAAAACUUUUAAAAUUCCACUCGACACUUUUAUAACCUACCUGAUGACCUUAGAAGACCAUUACCAUGGCGAUGUGGCCUACCACAACAACAUCCAUGCUGCUGAUGUCACCCAGUCCACUCACGUGCUGCUAUCCACCCCCGCUCUAGAGGCUGUGUUCACAGACCUGGAGAUCCUAGCUGCCAUAUUUGCCAGUGCUAUUCAUGACGUGGACCACCCUGGAGUCUCCAACCAGUUCCUCAUCAACACCAACUCGGAGCUGGCCCUCAUGUACAAUGACUCGUCAGUCCUGGAGAACCACCACCUGGCUGUGGGCUUCAAGCUGCUUCAGGAAGAGAACUGUGACAUCUUUCAGAACCUCAGCAAGAAACAACGACAAUCACUGCGCAAGAUGGUCAUCGACAUCGUCCUAGCGACUGACAUGUCCAAGCACAUGAACCUCCUGGCUGACCUGAAGACCAUGGUGGAGACCAAGAAGGUGACCAGCUCUGGAGUUCUACUCCUGGACAACUACUCUGACAGGAUCCAAGUUUUGCAGAACAUGGUGCACUGUGCAGACCUGAGUAACCCCACCAAGCCACUGCAGCUGUACCGCCAGUGGACCGACCGCAUCAUGGAAGAGUUCUUCACCCAGGGGGACAGGGAGAGGGAGAGAGGCAUGGAGAUCAGCCCUAUGUGUGACAAACACAACGCCUCUGUCCAGAAGAGCCAGGUGGGCUUUAUUGACUACAUCGUCCACCCUCUAUGGGAGACAUGGGCAGACCUGGUGCACCCUGACGCUCAGGACAUCCUGGACACUCUGGAGGACAACAGGGAGUGGUACCAGAGCACCAUCCCCCAGAGCCCCUCACCUACCCUGGACGAGCCUGAGGACGGCAGCCGUCCCCCUGGUGGGGACAAGUUCCAGUUUGAACUCACCCUGGAGGAGGACGGGGAAUCGGACACGGAGAAGGACAGUGGCAGCCAACCCGAGGAAGAGGAUGAAGAAGAGGAGAACAGUUGUAGUGACUCAAAAACACUCUGUACGCAGGACUCAGAGUCGACAGAGAUACUACUGGACGAACAGGUGGGGGAGGAGGAGGAAGAGGAAGUGGAGGGAGAGUCCUCUUCAUCACAACCUUGUGUAGUGGAGGAGGAAGAGGAGGGGGAGGAAGGGGAAGGGGAAGAGAAACCAGCCGAUACAUAGCAGUGUAUGGACUGCAACUAAACUUUUCUUCUUAGUAACCAGAGAUUAUUAUUUCUAGAGUAUUUUGGGGGUUUUAUGGACUAUGUCUGUUAUUUUUUUGAUAUAUUUAUGUUUAGGGUUCCAAAGCGCACGCUGUUCACCCCUUGGCCACUCCUCCCUCCUCAUCCUUGGUCAGCUUCUCAGACACACCCACUGGUACUUCUACAACUUUUUUGCACUCAGGAAAACUCUUUUCCAUUCCCGUUUGUACCGGAGUAGUCUGUGUGUUACUUCACUUCAAAACCUAGUCCUAGUGUGUUGAAGUUACAUUAAGGAUUAUGAUUAGAGUUUAGAGUGUGUUUGAUGCUGUUCAUAUACAGUAUAUCUCUACUCCUUUCAGCCUUGGGUGACCAAUGGCGGUGUUUCUGUGUGUUAUUAAGUGCCCAUUCUUCAGAAGUGACUAUAUUGUCUGUUUUUCUUAGUUGUUUGUAUUUAUCAGCAAAGCAACACGCUACAUUGUUGUGUGGUCUGGAUGAAUGAAAUCCCUACAGGACACGUCACGAUGGAGAGAGGCGCUGCAGCACAUUGAGAGAAAUGCAUUGUGGGAAUUUAACAAGACACUUUUCUGAAGUUUAAGUCUUCCUUGAAAACCUGACUAAAAAAGGCUAAGAUCUUACAGCUCUAAUGCUAGGUUUAACCUCGAUAGAGUUUUUGUACCGUACCAUACAUAACAUGGAGAUCUAUUGUAGAUUCUACUUUUGUUAACCAGAUAAAAAAAAGUGACUUUUGAAAACAUUUGAAAGGCACUUGAAAACUGUUGAUGAGAAAUGCCUCAUCUGCUACUGCUUUUCUGUGUGUAAAAGGGUAACUUACCAGUUAUUGUUUUGGGGGAGUAUUGGGGAGUAUUCUCAGAAUUACAAAUCAAGCCCUUGCC